GACUGUGGUCGGCGGGCGUAUGCCAUGGCGGAGCCGGUGAGGAAACCGGGCCGCCGGCCUCGGGGCGGCGGUGUCGGCCGGGGGCGUCGCGGGGCCCGGGGCGGCCGGGGCCGGCGUCCUCGCGUUCCGCGGUCUCCAGCCCCGCGCACCCUGGACUCGGAGUUUGUGGACUUGGUCAGCGACAGCGAUGAGGAUAUUCUGGAGGUCGCAACGGCGCGCGGCGCUGCGGACUCGGUCGAGGUCCCUCUCCCGGAGCCUCCAGUGCCGGCCGCCCCCCGGGACGACAGCGACAGUGACAGCGAAGGGGCGGACGCACCGCCCGCCGGAGCCCCGCGGGCCCCGGUCAGGCGGCGGAGGCGGCUGCUGCUGGAUCCGGGGGAGGCACCCGUUAUUCCGGUGUAUUCCGGGAAGGUGAAAAGCAGCCUUCAUCUCAUCCCAGAUCACCAGUCCCUCCUGAAACUGUGUCCUGAAGAGCCUGAGGAAGACGCAGACGUGGCAGAUUCUAGCAGUCCCCAUGCGGAGGAUGCCCCGUUUCCGGAUUCUCCUUGGAGGAAGAAGCUGAGGAGUACGGAUGCAGAAGAGAAGACAAAGGACGUGUUUCUGUUUCAAGACACCUCUCCUUUGCCUUCGCCUCUGCCAAGGACCAAAAGCAGAAAGCACACUCGGGCACUCCGGAAGUUAAGGGAGGUGAGCAAGCGCCUCCAAGAUCUCCGUUCCUGCCUAAGUCCCAAGCAGCGCCAGGGCCAGGAUCACCAGAACCAAGAGGACGAGGUGGUCCUGGUGGAGGGUCCCAUCCUUCCAGAGAGCCCCCGACUCUUCCCGCUGAAAAUCCGGUGCCGGGCUGAUGUGGUCAGACUGCCCGUCAGAAUGUCGGAGCCCCUACAGCGUGUGGUGGACCACAUGGCCACCCAUCUCGGGGUGUCCCCAAGCAGGAUCCUCUUGCUCUUCGGGGAGACAGAGCUGUCCCCUACUGCCACUCCCAGGACCCUAAAGCUCGGAGUGGCCGACAUCAUCGACUGCGUGGUGCUAGCAAGUUCGCCCGAGGCUUCGGAGAUGCCCCAACUGCUCCAGCUGCGGGUGCAGGGAAAGGAGAAACACCAGACACUGGAAGUCUCGCUGUCUCCGGAUUCUCCUCUCAAGACCCUCAUGUCCCGCUACGAGGAGGCCAUGGGACUAUCAGGCCACAAGCUCUCCUUCUUCUUUGAUGGGACAAAGCUGUCAGGCAAGGAGCUGCCUGCUGAUCUGGGCAUGGAAUCCGGGGACCUCAUCGAGGUCUGGGGCUGAAACCUCACUCCCUGUUUGGAGGCCCAGCCUGGACUUGGGGAGAACAGCUGCCCCUUUUGGCCCUAUGUGGGCUUAUCCUUAAGCUGAUGCAAAAUCGAGCAGUGACCUUUGACCCUCCCCUGCACCCCCUUCCCAUUGACCCUGGUUUCUCACUGUUAGUAACCCGCUUAGUUGUGUGGUGGUUGUUACCGCCCCGGGUGGACUGUGGCUCCGUCCACCUGGUACACUACGUUUGCGGCCCCCUUGGGACACAGAGAAGGUAUCCCUCACCCCCCAGCCUUUCCUUCCUCGAAAUAUCUGUUGUAUGAAACCGCUCAUAUUUAGAGCAAGUGGAAAUACGUGGGGUGUGGGUGUGGAUUCCAGGCCUGGGGGUUCUGCCGUGCAUAAGACCAGCAGCGGCCCUGUGGGGGGAGCGGAUGAAGUUUGCUCGAGGCACAAGCUGCACGAGCCCGCUCUCACACACACACACACACACACACACGCUUAAGCCAGGCAGGCUGUGGGGUACGCUUUUGCAGGACAGAGUGGAUUCUCAGCCUUGCGUGUCUUCCUCACCCCUGCACCGGUUAGAGCCCACCUUGCCGAUGUACGCGUGUUGUUUAAGGCAUAAUUGAACACACUGAGCAUUUUUGUCUAGAUCUCAGGACGCUAGUCCACGAAAGGCUUCUCUGGUCUCACGGCUUUUUUUUCCUGUUUUCUUCCUGCCAUCCCGAGUACCUGUUUUACUGUGUGGAUGACACGUCUCUGAACAGGAGUGUGUCCUUGUCAGGUGCGCUGUUGCGUGUGGGACUAAACCCCGCGACAUGUGGUCUUACUCGGUGGCAGACCUUGGGCUGUUUCCUCUGUCACGCGACACGUAUUGCUGCUGCUUGCGGUUUGAUGCCGGACCGCUCUGCGGUGUUCCUCGUGGGCCCUGGCUACGUCCCACACGUUUGGACAGCUGGCUGCCUCCAGUUCCUGGGCUCGUAAACAAGGCCACGAGGGACAGCUUCCGUGGAUCCCCUUCCGUGCUUGCGUGGAAGGUUCUCCGUCAUGGGUACCCAGGAUGGGAUGAUGGGUCAGGCUGGUUAAUUUCCUAUGGUUCUACCGAAUUCUUCUUUCGAUUGGUCAUUGAGCUUCCCCUUCGGGGGUCUCCGUUUCUCCUCAUCCUCACCAGCACUUGUUGCUGCCCUGCUUUCUCAUUUUUUCCAGUCUGUUGGGUGGAAAGUGGGGGCGUGUUUCAAUGUACAUUCAUCUGAUCACCAGUAAUUGGGGGGAUUUCUUCAUCCACCAAGCAGCCUUUGGGGAUCCCUUUCCGUGCACUGCCCUGCCGGUUGCAAACAGCUCUCAGGGUGGCACUCAUGUUGGGUUAUUUAGGGGUGCCCUUCACCGAACAGAAAUUCUCAAUUUUAAUGUAGAUGGGUGAACUGUUUUGUCCUUUCAUUUGUUGCUUUUCGUUUCCUUAUUUAAAAGUAGUUUAGAUGGUUUAUGUUUUCUGCUGUUAGCUUCUCAGUUUGUCCUUUCACAUUUCGGCCACUGACUAGGGUUGAAGUCCAGCCAGCACAGCCUGGUAUGCACAUUGGCUGGUGUCUCUUGUGUGUGAUGAACAUUGGUUCUCCUUGGUUGAUUCCGGGCUGCACCGGCUGCUAAGAGAUCCAAGUUUUAUUUUCCACCCCAGAAUGAGCCAGUCUUCUCAAGUGCUGUCUAGUAAUAAAGCCACUAAUUUUCCACUGAUAUGUUGUAUAAUGUUGUAUAAUUUUGGCAAACGUAUUUCACCUUCUAAAACCUUUUGUUGGAAUAUGGCAUUCCUUGACCUUAUAAUGUGAGAGAAACAGAAAGAAGUCUGUAUAACAUUUAAAUAAUCCACAAUAUGGUAAAACUCUCAUUUUUUUCCAGAUCUUUUACAUCCAUUAAUAAGUUUGCACACGUUAAAAUUGUGUAUUCAGUUUCAACAAAAUAAACGGGAGUACAUUCAA